GCCCUUCACAACACACCUCUGGGUGGACGCCAUCUUCACUGACAUCCUGGUAGCAGCCAGGUUGCCACUCCCUGUUGAAGUCUUUGCUGACCUGUCUCUCAGGCCAUGUCUGACACCAACAAACAAGACCUGGUCCCAAGUGGCCAGAGUGAAGCUGAUGAAGAGGCAGGCAUGGACCCUGGGUCCCUAGGCAGUCCCUUGGUGCCUGUGGAAUGGUUGGCUGCAGUGGCGGAAGUUGCAGCCCUUUUAGCUUUCCAGGUGAUUGUGAAAGCUUUUGAGGAGGAGUGUGAGGAGAAAGUGGUCUGGCCUGCCACCGCAGAGAACAAGAACAUACAGCUUCUAGAAGAGGAGGAGGAGGAGGAGGAGGAGUUGAUGGCAGAACACUACCAGGAACUGGAGGAUGAUGAUGGUGGUGAGGAAGAGGAAGGAGAUGAUGAGGAAGACGAUGGCGGUGAGGAGAACGAAGAGGGUGCAGCAGCUGCUGGUGUCUAUUUUUCUGAGGGUAGAAUACUGACUGCUGAAACCAUGUAUAAGCUGGGAUAUUAUUUCCAUGACAUUGUGGUCCCUAAGUCUCUAUCAUUGCUGGCUGAUGUAGCAACUGCAUAUAGCUAUGAAAUUUCUGAUGAAGAGUCUGAAGAAUAUGGAGUUGAGGAAGACCAAGAGGAAGUGGAUGAAAAUGAAGAACUCGAAGAAGGACCCAAGAAGAAUCUGGACUAAGGAGGGGGCAACUUCUCUUAAAAAUCCAGUUGGAAAGCAUAGAAAGAAAUGGAUGGAGAAAGACACAACGAAUAUGGUCUUCAUGAAUUUUCUACUUUUCAUUCAUCUAGAACACUGAUUUUUCCCCAAACUUUAUCACAUAAAAAAAGACAUUAACUGAUAUUUGUCUUUAUGCUGAUAUUUUGAUUAAAUAUUUGACUGCAUUUGUUCUGUUAAAAAUAAAAGCUUGUUUGAAAUGCA